AUGUCAGCCACGGCCAAAGGAAACAAGUUGGCGUCUGGCGUGGUCUUCGCCCUUCCAAUAGAAUGGAAGCCCUUCCAGUCCAACAAAGAUGACAUCAUACUCGGAGUUAUGGGCCGCGACGUGGCUCCCCGAGACACCGUUCUACCGAUCCAUCAACUAAAGAAAGGAGGGGUGCCUCAUUGCGAAACAAUUCUUUGGAUUUCUUCGAGCAAAGCAAACAAGCUCAACGCUAAGUUCCAGUGGACUGCAAUUCCCCUUCAGCCCUUGUCCCUCAAAUGCCUGCUUUCGGAUAGAGACAAGUCGAUACCAUUGACAGCCAAAAUCUCGCACGGGCUUCCACUUUGGCCAGUUCUGGUGAGAUCUCCACCAAACGAGGCCUUCCAACGUCGAUCAUGUCAUGUUUCGGACGAAUCUGGGGACUCUGACAGCGCAAGGGUCAAGUCGGCCUUGAGACUCGACAGAUCUUGCAAUUUUGCAAAUCAAUGGAUGUACUUUGCGGGCGCCAAUAACCCCGCAACAACAACCCGGUUCCUUUGCUUGCUCCUGCUCCCGGUGGAGUCUGAUCCAUGCGCUGGCAACUCAUCGCUAUUACCGGCCUGUUUGAUUGAUGGUGUCUAUGUUCAAAACACUGACAACAACGAUAUCGGCCCCGAAAAGAAAGAUCCGACUGGGUUGCGCAACCAGAUGAAAUGCAAGCCGCCGCAGAUCCGCAUGUGGAGUUUGAUGACAGUUACACCAAGAAUUUGUGAUGCUACUGUCCCGUAUAGCGGUAAGCACCAGCAACUGGCCAAUAUCGUCUCUGAGCCCCGGAAGGGAUCUCAUUCUCACCAGCCUGUGUUUGAUCCUACCCAGGGAUGA